GUCUGGCGCUGAGUAAGCCAUUUUGUUUUUGUUUUGAUAAUCUGAUCAUGCAAGCGUUAUGGAAAUCACGGAUUUAUUUGACAAAAAGACCACCUAAAGAUGCAAUCCAAACACUAAUACGUUUUAGGUGUCUUAGUUCGUCUAAUCAGAAGAACAUGAAGGUCGUGAUCGGAGGAGGAACAGGAUUCGUUGGCAAGAGGCUGAAAAAUACUCUUAAAGCAAAGGGGUAUGAUGUACAGAUUAUCUCAAGAACAAAAGGAGUUGGCAAAAUAACCUGGGAUGAAGUGAGUGCAUCUGGCUUGCCAGAUUGUACAGCUGUUGUUAAUCUUGCUGGGGAGAAUAUAUUGAAUCCUCUAAGAAGAUGGAAUGAAAAAUAUGAAGAAGAUAUCAGAAGGAGUAGGGUAGAUACAACUAAGCUACUUGCAGAGAAGAUUGCUGCUGCAGAAAAUCCUCCUAAGGUGUUUGUCAGCUCCUCUGCUGUUGGCUAUUACCCACCAAGUGAAACAGCAGAAUACACAGAAGACACCCCACCCAGUGACCAAGAUACAUUGACAUGCCUCUGUAGAGACUGGGAAGCCAGUGCUGAACUCCCUGAGAGCUGUAAGACAAGACUUGCUACUGUUCGAAUAGGUGUGGUGUUGGGAAAAGAAGGAGGAAUAGUCCAACAGACAAUCUGGCCUUUUUGGCUCGGAGUAGGAGGUGUGGUGGGGAGCGGGAACCAGGCCUUUCCGUGGAUCCACGUACAGGACAUAUGUGACAUCAUCGUAUUUGCCAUCGAGAAUGAUCACGUGACAGGAGUACUCAACGGUGUUGCCCCUGAAAUCUCAACCAAUAGAGAUUAUACAAACCAACUUGCAAGUGCGCUUCAUCGUCCAGCCAUUUUUCCUGUGCCAGCUUUUAUGAUCAAUGCGGUGUUUGGGUCUGUACGUGGAAUGAUUAUGCUGCAAGGACAAAAGGUCAUACCAAAGCGAACAUUAAAACUUGGAUAUAGUUUUAAAUUUCCUGAUUUGAAGUCUGCCAUUGAAAACGCUAUCAGAUAAGGAGUAUGGUUUUGAUAUUAAAGGUAGCACAAUCAAGCGCCACUGAAUCUCGAUACUGAGUCGAGUUUGGCUUUGUUACCUUUAUUCCUCAACAAAAUUUCCAAGUAUAUUUAUCAAAGUACUGUAUUUCUAGUUGUGCCCUAAUAAGUAAAUAAAACCUGAUAAAAACCAGCUAAUUCACAA